GUUCAUUGGGCAUGUCCGAUGAGACGCACAACGAGUCCGAGGCACAGGACACCUGGGAUCCGCCGCUUCCUGUUCCUGUCCCCUCGGAGGAUCGCAUUUGGGGCCGUGAUGGCACGGUACAGCCGGUGAGCUGGUCGCGUUAUGCGUCCACGUUUCCUUUCUUGGUGGCCCUCAAAAGAAGUGGCAAAUACGGGAAGUACCAUUUCUGCGGAGGGUCAUUGAUUCGCGAGACGCAUGUGCUCUCAGCUGCACAUUGCUUUUACCAAAAUGGAGGCUGGACGGUGAACGUGGACGACAUCGAGGUCUGGUGGGGACAUGGGAACAACGAAUGGAUCAGUUCCAAAGUUGACCUUGUUGUGAUUCCCUCACUCUUCACCGGACGAUACUCCCGUGGUGGGUGGGAUCAUGAUGUUGCUGUUCUCCGCCUGAGCCGACGCUUUUCAGGGGCCAGGGUGGCACGCCUGUCGCAUCGAUCCUCGUACUCAGUCGGCUCUGAAGCAGUGAUCGCCGGAUGGGGAACGGUCAAUGAAGCUAUGACUAUCAUCCGGACCGACAAGUUGCAAGAAGGCAAGAAGAGCAUCGCCUCUGCAUCUCAUUGCCGCAAAUACGACUCCAACUUCCAAAGUCAAAAAAUGAUCUGCACUACAUCCUGGAGGUCAGGUGUCGGCAGCGGCGACAGUGGUGGGCCAUUGCUGCAGUAUGGCUAUCAGAUCGGCAUUUGCUCCCAUGCUUCUCGUUUUCUCGGCUAUUCUUUCUAUGACGCUUUCACCCGAGUGUCAAGUUUCACUGGUUGGAUCGCUGGUGUAUUGUCCGAGCAUCCAUAA